UUAAUAUACAAUAUCAGUUCAGAGUACGAAAUUGAAUACAAUAUUAUCGCGGAGAAUGUUUAUUUCAAAUUUUUGUAUUUUCUACGUCUUGUUACAUUUCAUCCCCCAGUGUUUGAUAAAAUAACGAAUUCCGUGACGUAAACGGUGACCAAUAUUUAACGUCACCGAUAUCAAAUUAUUCCGUAGACGACGGAAAACAGCAUGAAAAAAAUGAAAGUUAUUUUAUCUGGGUUUACGCGUAAGAAAUAGAGAGUAAAUCUCAAGCGCCAAAUAACGUCACGUGGUCUGCACUCAUAAGUUCGUCCCAUGCUUAGGGAAAGUCGAUUCGGUAAUAGAAAAUUUUUAAUGGAACGCGGUUUUCGCACCACCGUAAGAAAUGUUUAGGAAAUAUCGACAAUGUACAACGAGGAGACGGGUUUUUCGGGAACACAGUGUUUCCGAUAAUCUCUCUAUCAGCGAUAGAUACUCGGGUACAGCUGAAGUGAGUGUGAAGCAGCGUAAAGUGCUCGAACUGACUUGACCCCGGAUCUUUAUGUCGUUCGAUUCCGAAUAAAUUCUUCCGUGUCGAGGGAAACUCUGUCCGCGUAGAGAUGGCUGAUUUCUUAGAUUCGGAAGCGGAGGAAAGCGAGGAGGAGGAGGAGUUGGACGAGAACGAGAAGAAAAAGCUGAAAAAGAUAAAGGCCGUCGAGGAAAGCGACGAGGAUGAGGAGGAAGAUGAUGAAGAUCGUUUACGCGAAGAACUCAAGGAUCUGAUAGACGACAAUCCCAUCGAAGAGAGCGAAGGGGAAGACAGCGACGGCUCGGGGACUUCCAAGAAACGUAAGAAAAGCGACGACGAAGAUUUCGACGAUCGCUUGGAAGACGAAGACUACGAUUUGAUAGAGGAGAAUUUAGGAGUUAAAGUCGAAAGGAAACGUUUCAAACGCCUCCGCAGGAUACAAGAUGAGGAAUCAGAGGAGGAACAAGAGAAAGAAGUGGAUGAGGAUAGGGAUGCUAUCGCGAACGAGCUUUUCGAGGUCUCGGGAGAUGAAAGAGAAAUUAGUAUGGAGGAUGAGAGGAGAAGCGAGCGGAGUCACAGGCCCGAGGCGGAAACGUUCGACGAGGAGGGAAGCGAGGGCGAAUACACUGACGCGGAUGAUUUUAUCGUGGACGACGAUGGCAGGCCGAUCGCCGAGAAACGUAAAAAGAAGAAGCCCAUAUUUUCGGACGCCGCGUUGCAGGAAGCUCAGGAUAUUUUCGGCGUCGAUUUCGAUUACGAUGAGUUCGGUAAGUACGGCGAAGAGGACUACGAGGAGGAAGAGGAGGAGGAAGAGGAGGAAGACGAGUACAUGGACGAGGAGGACGCCGAAAGACCGAGAAGACCCAAGAAGCAACUGAAGAAGAAGACCACGAGGAAGAGCAUUUUCGAAAUUUAUGAGCCCAGCGAACUGAAGCGUGGUCACUUCACCGACAUGGAUAACGAGAUACGUAAUACUGACAUACCGGAGAGAAUGCAACUCCGCUCGGUUCCCGUUACGCCGGUGGCAGAGGGUUCCGACGAACUGGACCUGGAAGCGGAGUGGAUCUACAAGCAGGCGUUCUGUCGUCCAACCAUUUCCAUCCAAGACGCUCAUUUGAAUGCCGAAGCUAAAGAGCGGGCUCGAAAGGGUCCGCAGACAAUUGGGAAGAUCAAGAAAGCUCUGGACUUCAUGCGGAAUCAGCACUUCGAGAUUCCCUUCAUCUCCUUCUACAGAAAGGAGUACGUCCUACCGGAGCUGAACAUCAACGACCUCUGGAAGGUGUACAAGUUCGACGCGAAAUGGUGUCAGCUUCGCCAGAGGAAGGAGAACCUGAUGAAGCUGUUCGAGAAGAUGCGGAACCACCAGCUGGACGAGAUCAUGAAGAACCCCGACGCUCCGUUGCCGGACAACGUGCGGGUGAUCAAGGACGACGACAUAGAGCGGCUGAAGAACGUGCAGACCAGCGAGGAGCUGAACGACGUGUACCACCACUUCAUGCUGUACUACAAUCACGAGAUCCCAGCGAUGCAGGAGUCGGUGCGGCAGAAGGAGAAAGAGGCGCGUCGCGAGGCGAAGCUUCAGAAGCGCAGGCAGCAGCUGGCCGACGCCGAGGAGAACGGCGAGGAUCCACCGCCGGAAGAAGAGCCGGAGGCGGAGGAGGAAGAGGAGCCGGACGACACGUUGAAGCAGGCGGUGCGGACCGGUCCGUACUCGAUCUGCAGACGAGCCGGGCUCGACGGUCUGGCGAAGAAGUUCGGUCUCACUCCUGAGCACUUCGCCGAGAACCUGCGGGACAAUUACCAGCGACACGAGGUGGACCAGGAGCCCACGGAGCCGCUGAGCAUCGCGAACGAGUUCUGCAGUCAGAUACUCACCACGCCGGAGGAGGUGAUGAAGGCCGCGCAGCUGAUGGUAGCCAUACAGUUAGCACGCGAGCCGUUGGUCAGGAAAUGCGUGAGGGAGAUGUACAUGGAGAGGGCGAAGAUCUCCGUGCGGCCGACGAAGAAGGGCAUCAAGGAGAUCGACGAGAACCAUCCCAUCUACAGCAUGAAGUACCUCAAAGACAAGCCCGUGCGCGACCUGGUCGGCGACCAGUUCCUGAACCUGGUGAUAGCCGAGGAGGACAAACUGAUCACGAUCUCCUUGAGCGACUCCAUCGAGGGGAACACCAGCAGCAACUACGUCGACGAGACGAAGCAGCUGUACUACCGGGACGAGUUCAGCAAGAACGUGCAGGACUGGAACGCCCUGAGGGUGAGCAGCGUGGAGAUGGCGCUGACGCGCAUGGUCAUACCCAGCCUGAAGAAGGAGCUGAGAACGAACCUGGUCGCGGAGGCGAAGGAGUGCGUGAUGAGGGCGUGCUGCCGGAAGAUGUACAACUGGAUCAAGGUGGCUCCGUACACCUGCGAGUUCCCCGAGGAGGAGGACGAGGAGUGGGACACCAGCAAGGGGCUGCGGGUGAUGGGUCUGGCCUACGUGCCCGACUACUCCCAGGCCGCGUUCACCUGCCUCAUAGCGCCGGACGGGGAGUGCACGGACUACCUGCGGCUGCCGCACCUGAUGAAGCGGAAGAACAGCUACCGCGAGGACGAGAAAGCCAUGAAGGAGGCGGACCUGCUGGCGCUGAAGAACUUCCUGGCGACCAAGAAGCCGCACGUCGUGGUCAUCGGCGGCGAGUCCAGGGAGGCGAUGAUGAUCGCCGCUGAUAUCAAGGAGUGCAUCACGGCCCUGGCCGAGGAGGAGCAGUUCCCAGCCAUUCAGGUCGAGAUCUGCGACAACGAGCUGGCCAAGAUCUACUCGAAUAGCAACAAAGGCGUGUCCGAGUUCCGGGACUACCCGGAGCUGUUGAGGCAGGCGAUCUCCCUGGCCAGGAGGAUGCAGGAUCCCCUGGUCGAGUUCUCCCAGCUGUGCACCGCGGACGAGGAGAUCCUCUGCCUGAAGUACCACGGGCUGCAGGACCAGCUGCCCAAGGACGAGCUGCUCGAGAACCUCUACCUGGAGUUCGUGAACCGGGUGAACGAGGUCGGCGUGGACGUGAACAAGGCGGUGCAGCAGGCGUACUGCGGCAACCUGGUGCAGUUCGUCUGCGGCCUGGGCCCGAGGAAGGGCCAGGCCCUGAUCAAGAUGCUAAAGCAGACCAACCAGAGGAUAGAGAACAGGACGCAGCUGGUCACCGCCUGCCACAUGGGGCCCAAGGUCUUCAUCAACUGCGCCGGCUUCAUCAAGAUAGACACGAACAGCCUGGGGGACAGCACCGAGGCGUACGUGGAGGUGCUCGACGGGUCACGCGUCCAUCCGGAGACCUACGAGUGGGCGAGGAAGAUGGCGGUGGACGCGCUGGAGUACGACGACGAGGACGCCAACCCUGCCGGCGCUCUGGAGGAGAUCCUGGAGUCCCCUGAACGACUGAAGGACCUGGAUCUGGACGCGUUCGCGGAGGAGCUGGAGAGGCAGGGCUUUGGCAACAAGUGCGUCACGCUGUAUGACAUCCGCGCGGAGCUGAACUCCCGGUACAAGGACCUGCGCGUCCCGUAUCAGUCGCUGAGCGCAGAACGUCUCUUCGACGUGCUCACCAAGGAAACGCCGGAGACCUUCUACGUAGGCAAGCUGAUCCUGGCUAGUGUGGUGGGCAUCAGCCACAGGAAGCCGCAGGGCGACCAGCUGGAUCAGGCGAACCCCGUGAGGAACGACGAGACCGGUCUGUGGCAGUGCCCCUUCUGCCUGAAGAACGACUUCCCAGAGCUGUCAGAGGUGUGGAACCAUUUCGACGCAGGCGCCUGCCCCGGAAAAGCCACUGGCGUCAGGCUGAGGCUGGACAACGGGAUAUCUGGUUACAUUCAUAUCAAAAACCUGUCCGACAGACACGUCGCUAAUCCUGAGGAGAGAGUGAGCAUAGGGCAGAUCAUUCAUUGCCGUAUUAUCAAGAUAGAGGUGGAACGGUUCAGUGUUGAGUGCACCAGCAAGAGCAGCGACCUCGCCGAUAAAAACCACGAAUGGAGGCCACAGAGAGAUCCCUUCUACGACACCGAGGCGGAGCAGAAGGACGUCAAGGUCGAGGAGGACGCGAAGAAGGCGAAGCAACGUCAGACCUACGUGAAACGGGUGAUCGUCCACCCGUCGUUCCACAACAUCAGCUUCACGGAGGCGGAGAAGCUGAUGCAGACCAUGAAGCAGGGCGAGGCGAUCGUCAGGCCGAGCAGCAAGGGCGCCGACCACUUGACGGUCACGUGGAAGGUGACCGACGAGGUUUACCAGCACAUCGACGUGAGGGAAGAGGGGAAAGAGAAUGCUUUCUCCCUGGGACAGAGUCUGUGGAUCGGGAACGAGGAGUUCGAGGAUUUGGACGAGAUCAUCGCGAGACACGUGAACCCAAUGGCCGCGUACGCCUCGGAGCUGCUGGACUUCAAGUACUACAAGCCAACCGUCGAGGGGAUCAAGGACAAAGCGGAGGAGAUCCUGAAGGAACAGAAGAAGGACAAUCCCGGUGGGAUACCGUACAUCAUAUCCGCCGCAAAAAAUUACCCUGGAAAAUUCCUGCUGUCCUAUCUGCCGCGUGCCCGGUGCCGCCACGAGUAUGUAACAGUGUCGCCGGAGGGAUUCCGAUUCAGAGGGCAAAUGUUCGGCAGGGUGAAUGAUCUGUUUCGUUGGUUCAAGGAACAUUUCCGAGAUCCGGUACCGGGUCAGUCCACUCCUAGCACGCCGCGCGGCGCGAUGACUUCUAGGACACCGUAUCACACCACGCCGGGAGCAGUCAGCGGAAUGAACCAAGAAGCGAUACAGAGAGUGGCGCAGAACCUUCCUCAUCAUAUGUUGCAUUCUUUGUCGCAAGUGGCGAAUCAGACACCGCAUCAUUAUCCGCCUCACACGCCAGGAACAGCGAGCGUGGCAGGUUACGGUGGAGUCCAUACCUAUCCGAACACACCGUACACGCCAUCCGGUCAGACGCCAUUUAUGACACCGUACCAGACGCCUCAUCACACACCGCAUCACGGCCAGCCGACACCCAGAUACGGACAGCAGACGCCUAAUCAUCAGCAAGGUCCUUUCGUUCAUCCACCUCCUCCUUCGGUCGCCACUCCGGGUCAUCAUCGAUCGACCCCGUCGCACCGACCUACGCCUCCUAUGUCGACACCCGGCGACCCAAUGGACUGGAAGAAGGCAGCCGAAGCCUGGGCGAGAUUGAAAACCGGCCCUCGAAUGUCCUCGACUCCGAGAUACGACGAAUCGAGGAAAACGCCACGAAACUACGAGGAAUCGGUGGGAAGAACAACUCCGCGAAACAGGACAUCAACACGGACACCGUCUUACAAAUCUCCGCGGGGAACACCGCAUACUAAUUCUAGUCCUCGGAGUAUGUCUCUCAGCGGAGAUGGUACACCAUUGUACGACGAAAGCUAACGGAUUCGUAUCCGCAUAAUACUUGGCACUUCAAACGAUAUAUCAUUCGGCAUGAUAUACAAAGAGAGAAAAAGAAAGAAUACAUACAGAACAGUAUGUAAGUGAAACAAGCAAUUUGAUGGGGUUUCGUCACACGGAAGGUAUACUUAGCGACGGGCAACUAUUGUGCUGUAUAAAAAGGAAUGGUAAAGCCAUUCACAAAGUUACUGUAAACGCGUUAACCCUCUGUGGGCCGAAUUUUUGAUCAUGAUUAUAACAAAAUCUAUGCAGUGCAAAAUUAAUAGAUAUCCACAUAUGAAGACGAGUUAACAAUAUAUUCAAUAGUUUCAAUAAUUUCAUGAAACAAAUAUAUUUUGUAACUUUCAAGUUACAAUGACGUUAAACUUUCACGCCUGAUAAAAGUUUAAGUUGACUGAUUACUUCAUUUUACUCACCACUUUGAGUGGAAAAUGAAAUGAAUCAACAAGAUGUUGAAUCAACAAGUUACAUAGGCCUACAGAGGGUUAAUAAAUUGAUAUCUUCCCCUGCACGUUUAUAUAUUUAGGUGAGCGAUAUUGGAUGCAUACUAAGAGACGGCAUGCUUCGUAUAUAUGCGUAUGUACAUAUGAAAUAUCAAUGAUUACGUUGGAACGUAUUCACACUUGGCACGAUUGAAGAAUCGUAAAACUUUGAAAUCCAUUUAUUAAUGAUUCAUUUUAUCACCGUACUACCGCAUACCAGGACUUAUGCUUUGGUAUAUGUAACUCGAUUCCUCUCUCUCUCGAUUUUAACUUUACUGAUACUAAGUUAUUGUACAUUUCUUAUGUUAUUGGCUUAGGAAUGGAAUAUAUUUCUUACGCGCUUUAUACAGUUGUUAAAUCACAUUAUUAAACAAUAAAAUAGACUACAAAAUACUUUGCGUUGUAAUCAUUUCGAUAGACGUAUAUAUACAUUGACCUCGAAUAAAAUAUAAUCAUCCCUCUUUGUUUAUAUGUUUUAUUUUAAAAAUCUAGCGAAAUUAUAGAGCAUCAGAUUACGUCAAUGAUAAUUAUAAAACAAAUGAUAUGUAUAAACGGAUAUUCAUGAACGUACGACUAUUAUACAUGAGAUUCUUGAUCCUCGGAUAACGUGUCAUCCAUUUGUCGAAAAUUUUUAUAAUACAAACAUUCUUCCGUGUAACAAUUCUCAGUUGGAGGUGCGUACUGAUUCGUGGGCCUGGAUAAGUAGAAUAAAUAUCAACAACAUGGAACAUUAUAUACAGGGAAAUUGGUAAUAAUAACACACUUAAAAGUUACGUUUGUUUAUCGCCGACUUGUGCACUCAAUUUACCACUCGACCUUGUUUUCAACUUAGUUGAGCUCGAUAUUAGUUUCGUUUCUCCGUCGUCCAACUGAUGUUUACGCUGUAAAACGAAUGGGAUUAUUUAUUCAAUAAUUUGAACAAGUAUGCAGUAAUAAAUCAUUUACCGAAUUUUCUCCAUUUACUACUACUUUCCCAUCGAAUUUAUUUAUUGUACGAGUAGAGUUAAAAGGUUCCUGUGGGUUCGAG